UAGUACAUGCAAUCAAUAACUUGCACAACCACCGAAGCCCUCAGAAACGGAACAAUUCUUCUAGUUUGGACACAUCUGUUUCUUUCGGAUUAAAUGACAAAUCAAAUGUCUUAAUUUGACUCGUAUAAGGAGCGGUUUCGGUUUGUAUAAAUUUACGCCUUCAGAAGAACCAGAAACGACAACUUCCUUGAAUAUGUCAGCUAGUUUAGACCUGUGGAAUAUUCCACUGAGAGCGCUGAAUAUCAACGUGAGAAAAAGAUUGGGACUGUUUUUAAACCCGAGAAACACUGUGGCAUCAGACUGGAUGUCUGUCGCAGAAAACAUGGGUUUCUCUUAUUUAGAGAUCAAGAAUUACGAGGAUUGCCAGGACCCAACACGGAAGAUCUAGAGGACUGGCAAGCCGUUGUCCCGAGCCAAAGUUGGAAAGUUAGUUUCAAUUCUGGAUAACGUGGACAGAAAGGACGUUGUGGAGGAUCUCCGAGUUCUCAUUGAGGAGGACUGUAAGAGGUACAUAGAGAGACAGAAUGAGCCCCCAGUCCAGGUUCCUGAGGUGGACAGCUGUGUUCCCAGAACCCCGGAGAGACAAGGCAUCACCCUGGAGGAUGACCCAGAAGGGGGUAUACCAGAGCUGUUUGAUGCCUUCAUCUGCUACUGUCAGAGUGACUUUGACUUUGUCCAUGAGAUGAUCCAGCAGUUGGAGCAGACGGACCACAAGUUGAAGCUGUGUGUGUUUGACCGGGAUGUCCUGCCUGGAUCAUGUGUCUGGACCAUCACCAGCGAACUCAUCGAGAAGAGGUGUAAAAGGAUGGUCGUGGUGAUAUCUGAUGAGUACCUGGACAGUGAUGCCUGUGACUUCCAGACAAAGUUUGCCCUCAGUCUCUGUCCUGGUGCCCGGAGCAAGCGACUGAUCCCUGUGAAGUAUAAGUCUAUGAAAAAACCUUUCCCCAGUAUCCUGAGGUUCCUGACGGUGUGUGACUACACACGACCCUGUACACAGUCCUGGUUCUGGGUCCGGCUGGCCAAGGCCCUCUCCCUGCCCUGAAGGGAUCGUACAGACUUACAGCAACCAAUCAGCACAGGGGGCCUGCCCCUCUCCAGCGGGAACAGAAAGAGUACAUGUCAGCUCGGUGGUACUGUUACUUUACUGGGGACCGUUGAUCGCCACAGUUUAGUUGACAUAUUUUAUAUUGAUUCAUAUUUUAUAUUGAUUCAUAUUUUAUAUUGAUUCAUUUCUUAGUUAGAACAGUUUGUGAAUUGUACAGUUUGUGUAUUGUAGCAGUUUUCUGAACCCACAGAUGGAGUUCCCGGGUGCUCUCCUCCUUUUGUCCUCAUCACUGAGAGCCUGAUGGCUCCUUCACUCAUUACUGAUAUAUUGAUUUGGGUUUAAUAUGAGAUUUCAUUCCAUCGAAAACGUUUUAUAUGUUUUUAAUAUAUUUUAUUCUGAGCCCCAUCGCUCAUAUGGACCAAAUAUCAACCUGAAUG